GUGGAUUAAAUAAAAUAAUAAUUUUUUUAGUGGAAUCAUACCAAAUUGUCUAGAACAAAUUGAUCUAGAUAUAUAUAAAUUGUACAACUGUAGAAUCUUAUAAUACAUACAAAGUAUUAAUGCACUCAUCUGAUCUCUUUUAAAAGAAUGAUGAGCAUGAAUGUAGAGAACAGUAGUCAUAAAUGGUGAAAAUGUUGGUGUGAGGUUAGGAUGUCUUUGGGUGAGGCGACGGUGCCGGUAUCAUGUGAAUAGUUUGUGUGUGUGGCUGUGGUAGUGGACAUUUCUCUCACUAGAUCCACACUGAUACAGAUGCCGGAUGUAUUUGAAAUUUGAAACUUGAAUUGAAUUCAACUUUCAAGUUCGACAUGUAAACGGUGACCCAAAAGUCCUGAGUCGAUUUGAAUAUUAAAAUUUUCUAUCGUGUAACACAUGGUUAUACAUUUAUUUCUAGCGUGAAAAGAUGCAGAAAAACACGCUCUGUACAAUGACUUUUGAUUGAUCCUACUAGCUCAUAUAGCAAGAAAAUUAGAAACUUAGAAAUGUGUCUCACAAAAAAUAAAAAUUGGGUUUGGAUGUGAGAUGUAGAUGUGGAUUCAAACUGUGGAUGUGAGAUGUAGAUGUGGAUUCAAACUGUGGAUGAUGAGAAGUUACACACCUACAUCCCAACAAUGCAGGAAAAUGUCCACCACAAUCAGGGUUCGGCAUUUGUAUUAUUUAUUGUAAUGAGUAUGCCGACUGUGCUGCAGAGCAAAAAUAUUGUGAUGGCUAUCCUCGUGUGCAUAGAAAAAACCUAUCUUUCGAAACACACAAUACUUAUCAAUAAAAAUAAAACAAUUUUUCUUUUGAAAAUGCUCGAUGUGGGUAUAUUUGUCAGCUGACGCUUGAUAAUAUAAAAAGUAAAGAAUCUUGAAAAUAUAUAUACGUUUUGAUUCGAUCAUUUAUUUCUAUCGCUACGAAUGGCUCUACUCAGCCUUGUUCUCAUCUUGUGCGUCGCAGGAGCGUCUGCACUAGUUGCUGGUGCUUCGUCUGAACAAAGUUCACGCAUGUGUAUGAUCUAUUGUCAAUACGGUUUUCGACGUAAUACCGAUGGACAUUUGAUGUGUGUAUGCAAGAAAAGUCCAUGUGACGAGGAAGCAGCUCCACUCGAAGGUUACUUUUGCGGACGUGGUCCCAAUCGUCGUGAAUGUCCAUCAACACAUAAAUGUACCAUUGCACCGAAUGAUGCUUAUGCUGUCUGCUGUCCUCGUGCUCAACAACCGCCUGAACGUAAUCCAAACAAGCCAGGCGUUUGCCCACAAUCAUCAUCACACCUGAUGGGUAUUUGUAUUGCUCGAUGCACUGAUGAUAGCAUAAAAUCGUCACCACCACCAGAUUAG